AUGCACAAGAAAAAUACAGUUGUUUAUUCGUAUACAAUAACGAAUAAUAAUAAUAAUAAUAAUCAUAUUAUAUUGAAUGAAUAUAAUACUACUGAAAUGAAUAAGGUAACCCAGAAAGAUACUUCAAAUAUAUCUCAACAAUAUACAUCAUAUAAUUUAAACAAUAUUAAUCAAUACUCAACUGAUUCAAGUUAUUUAAAGUGUUCAAUGAAUAAUUCAUUCAAUCAAUAUAAUAAAAUAAAUAUGAAAUAUGAACAACCUUAUCAAUCAAUAAAAUAUAAUUUAUUCAAUAAUUCAAUUUUAUCAAUGAAUCAUUCAAAAUAUAUUGAUUUAAAAGAAAAUAAUAUACAACCUGAUUCAACUGUUAUGACUACAUUGAUAGAUAAUAAUAAUAAUAAUAAUAAUAAUAAUAAUAAUAAUAAUAAUAAUAAUAAUAAUAAUAAUAAUGAGAAUGUAUUGUUUAGAGAAGAAAGAAAAAAGAAAAAAAGCAAAAGUAAGUAA